UUGCAGCAAUUUUUGACAGAUUGUCGUAAAGGAAAUAGAAAUAUCCAUCUACCAGCAAUUGACGUUAUACCAGAAGAAACUUCUGGAAAUCUGUCUGCGAUGGAAGUAGAAACUCCCAAUAAUGAGGAAAUUGGAAUGAAAUUAUCCCAACAGUCGUCCUUAAAUAGUUUCUGUAGUUCCAUAUCAAAUUCCAGUGAAUUGAAGCGAACUUGUUCAGACUUUGAAGAUACAAUGCCAGCGCCUAAGAAAAAUAAAAUUGAUAUUCUGACUUCGGAAUUAGUAUUAGCACUAGAUAGAACUAAAACUAGUAACAGAAAUGCGAUGUACAUCAUUUCUGCUGUGAUUCAUAGUUUAGGACUUGAGAUUGAUAAAUAUAAUUUAAGUUACUCCACUAUUCGCAAUGCGCGUAUUUCAAAAAGAGAAGAAAUUGUCGAUACGAUCGAAGAAGAAGAAAUUUUUGAUGACUCUCUCGUAGUGCACUGGGAUGGAAAGAUGCUUCCUGCGGGAAAUGGUCAACCAAAAGCAGAACGAUUAUCAAUACACGUCACCGGAAUAAAUACUGAUAAAAAUUUAAAAACUCCGAUUCUCUCUGAUGGCACAGGUGAAAGCCAAGCUUCAGCCAUUUUUGAAACGCUGAUAGAGUGGGAUCUUUGCGAUAAUGUUAAAGCAAUGUGCUUUGAUACAACUAGUUCAAAUACCGGUUGUUUUAAUGGCGCAUGUGCAUUAUUAGAAGAUAAAAUUGGCCGUGACUUAUUAUAUCUGUAUAUCUGA